UACACAAUUGAAUUAGAAAAAAAAACGGACAGGACACAACAACAACAACACACAAAUCUGAAAUCUCUCUUUCGUCCUCCAAAGGACAGACUUUGAGGAGAGACUUCUUAUGUGGUUUUGUCUCGUCCACCCAAACAAAAUCAAAACUCUAUUCACUUGUAACUUCUUCUUUCUUUUAUUUUGUCAUUUCUCAUUUUUUCUAAAAUUUUUCCAUACACACACCAAAUCUCUCUCUCGUCAGCAACAAAACGUAACUUUGGUUUCCGAAGAUUCUCUUUGGACUCUCUGUUUCCGGAACUUAUUAACCGUAUUUGUAUUUGGGAUUGCCUAAAAAGUUUUUCGUCAAUUUUUGUCCUGAGAAAUGAUGAUGUCAUGUCGGAAUGUUGACUUGGGUACGAGUGUUCUUGAUCUGAUGCCAUGUGGGUGUUCUUGUACCUCUUCUCCAACCAGUCGUCAACUCUUGUUUAGGAAUUGUUCCAAGAAUCUUUGUAGGAUUGGUGGCAGAAGCUAUGGUGGCAACUUGGUUUUACUCCGUCCUGAUUUGGGGACUUGCAGAGCCGUUCCUGCUAAACCAAAGGAGACUUAUCUCCUCAAUGGUAUUGGUCAAGAUAAAACAGUGAUGCUCAAUCUGAAGCCAGAAUCACAAAAGCCUAUAUCUUUGGAAAAUCUGUUUGAGGUUGUAGCUGAUGAUUUGCAGAGGUUGAAUGACAAUCUUUUAUCGAUUGUUGGUGCAGAAAAUCCGGUUUUAAUAUCUGCAGCUGAGCAAAUUUUUAGUGCUGGUGGCAAGAGGAUGAGACCCGGUUUGGUUUUCCUUGUAUCACGAGCCACCGCAGAAUUAGCUGGCUUAAAGGAACUUACAGUAGAACAUCUCCGUUUAGGUGAGAUUAUUGAGAUGAUUCACACCGCAAGUUUAAUACAUGAUGAUGUCUUAGACGAAAGUGAUAUGCGAAGAGGAAAAGAAACGGUUCAUGAACUUUUCGGAACAAGAGUAGCUGUAUUAGCUGGAGACUUCAUGUUUGCUCAAGCAUCAUGGUACUUAGCGAAUCUCGAAAACCUCGAAGUCAUUAAGCUCAUUAGUCAGGUUAUCAAAGAUUUUGCGAGCGGUGAGAUAAAGCAAGCAUCAAGUUUGUUCGAUUGUGACGUCGAGCUUGAUGACUACUUGCUAAAGAGUUACUACAAGACAGCUUCAUUAGUAGCUGCAAGCACAAAAGGAGCUGCAAUCUUCAGUGAAGUCGAAAGCAAGAUUGCAGAGGAAAUGUAUCAAUAUGGGAAGAAUCUCGGUUUAUCUUUCCAAGUAGUUGAUGACAUUCUGGACUUCACUCAGUCCACAGAGCAGUUAGGGAAGCCUGCAGCUAAUGACUUAGCCAAAGGUAACAUAACAGCGCCAGUGAUCUUUGCACUAGAGAAUGAGCCGAGGCUAAGAGAGAUCAUUGAGUCUGAGUUCUGUGAGCCUGGAUCCCUUGAGGAAGCGAUUGAAAUAGUUAGAAAUCGUGGUGGGAUCAAGAGAGCUCAAGAAUUGGCUAAGGAGAAAGCUGAACUUGCGUUAAAGAAUCUGAAUUGUCUUCCUAGGAGUGGUUUCAGAUCGGCUCUUGAGGAUAUGGUGAUGUUUAAUCUUGAAAGGAUUGAUUAGUUUCAACUCUCAAAGGGUCUUUUGGCACAGGAAACUGUAACACUCUUUAUUUGUUCAAACUUCAAACACAGAAUUUUUUUACUGUAUGUAAUAAAGUAACAAUAGAAAUAUUCAUGCUUA